CGCUUGUUCUUUUGUUUUUUUUCUGCAUCUCCAUUGACAACGGACAUUGGUAAACCUUUCAUUUUUGAUUUUAUCCGAAUCAAACACUUUCUUUUUCAUGAUGUCUUUAAUAACUUUAUUCUCGAGACCACUAAUUGUACAUUAUAAAUCUUCUAAAAUAUCACAGGCAACAUUGUUUACCAUAAUAACUUGGAUUAUCAACAUUCUUUAUCCUUGGAUUAUUGUUUACCAAACCGAUGGUCUUUGGAAAAAGGUUGACUAUUUCUGGGAAAAGCCUCAAGUAAACUUCAAAUAUGACUUAAUUAUGAUGGCUAAAUUGAAAAAUACAUCAAUAUCAAGUAACCAAAUCAUCUGGAGUAGCUUUCCACAACUCAACAAUCAACUGGAUCAAAAAAAGAUCAGAAUACCAUUUAUUUCGAAUUAUGAAUCAGAUCUAAAUAACGAUGAUGUUUACGACCAAUUGGACAUGAAAUUAGUGUUGCCUACGGAGAAAACGGAAAAAAUUUCAUCCAUAAAACUCAUUUUAUUUUUCACAUAUCAACUAAAGGUUAAUAUGAACCUGAAAAUGGAUUCACAACUCAUUUUGGAGUCAUUCACCGAUGAACCUCCUUCCAAACUAUCAAUCAUCGGAGAUCUGAAAUUUUUGCAAAAAGUACCUUUGCCUAAUGACCAAUUACUGCUGUCAACUGGAUCCAUCUUUGAUUAUGUGGAUUCCGAUGAUUCGAUCAAAACAAGUAUUGAUAAUAUGUUGACAGAAAGUACAUCUCAAGUGUUCUCAAUAACCACAAGUCCGAAUACAUUAUUCCUCUGGAAUCAUGGCUAUGAAAGAAAUUUGGAUAAAUUUACAAUUGACAUCAAAUUGAAUUACCAAGAUGAUCUUUUCCAUUACAUUCCAGGCUUUUGGUGUACAAUGAAAUGGGCAUGGAUCCAGUAUUUGUCGAUUUACAUUGUAUUCUAUUGGAUUAUUCAGAAAAUAAGAUGCUUUGUUUUCCACAAUCAAAUAACUAGCUCAAUGGUUUUCACGGAAAUUAAGUCACAUGGUGAUUGAAUGACAUUACAUAUUCUAUUCAAACAAUUGAAUGUCAAUCCUGUUCAAUUUAUACAGAAAUAUUUGCAAUAUUUAAAUGCAAUAUUAACCUUUUCAUUCCGUGAAUCAAUAUUUUGAUCUUGAUUGCUGUCUGAAAAGAUAAUUAUAUUUAUUAAAAAUCUACUCAAAACUA